ACAUGAACAAAACAAACAAAAAAGAAACAGAAACAGAAAAAAAUUGCCUGUCCAUGGUCAUUGAGAUUAAUGACUACAACAGGACGCGUUUCAUCGGGUUCCAUCCAUCCAUCCAUCCAUCAAUCAUUUGUGUACAAUUAUACAUCAUAUAUAUCUACGGAGAUCAACAACAUUUAUUUUCGUUUUCCUGUUACUGAAUAACAACAAACUUGGCAAGCAAACAAAACAUUCACUUGCCACAAAAGAACAACAACCACCAAGAUCAUCGAUCCGCGAAUCCUGUAUGUGUGUUAUUAGAACGAAUAUUGUUAAUGUCGUCGUCAUUUUUUUUCUGGUAGGGUUAAAAAGAUUGAAAUAAAAUCAAUCCAAUGAAUCAAACCUAGUUUUUAUCAUAAUUUUAAAGGCUCAAAAUUUAAAAAAAAACAAUCAUCAUGCCUACAUCAUUACCAUUACAUUUUGCUGCAAACGGUACGUUUGUAGCUACUAGACCAUCAGCUACUGUUUAUGAUGUUGAUGACCAUAACCAUCAUCAUCAUCAUCAUCAUCAUAGACAUCGACAUCAUCGUCAUCAUCAUUGUGGCGAUGGUGAAACAACCAAUGAAACAAUCAUGAUAAUCGCAACAAAAACUUUAUCCUCAUCAUCAACUUCAUCGUCAUCAUCAUCAUCAUCGUCAUCAUCCUCAUCAGUAGCAUCAUCUUCAUCCUCAUCAUCAACAUCAUCAUCAUCGACGACGGCGACCUUUUCGGUCGCAUCAUCAAAAACGUUGACAUCAUCACCAUCAUCGACAACAAAUUCAUCAUCAUGUUCACUAUCAUCGACAUCAGCAUCGACAACGACGACAAUAAAUGAUGCCAUCAUUACUAGGGGCGAAGUGAAACAACAACAACAACAACAACCAAUUAUUAUUACAGGCCAAGUGAAUAGUGAAAUAUCGUUAGCAUGGAGAAAUUUACGAUAUGAAGUAUCACCACAUUGGCCAUGGUGGCCAACACAACAGCAACAAAGAACUAAAGUGAUAUUACGACGUUUAAAUGGCCAUGUCCGCUAUCAGACCAUGACCGGUUUCAUGGGACCAAGCGGUGCAGGUAAAACUACAUUGCUCAAUUGUCUUAAUGGUAAUAUUCAACGACUGUGUUCGGGUUCAGAAAUUUAUGUGAAUCGCGUGGAACGAAAAAUACCCGUAUGUGGUUUUAUUGAACAACAUGUUCAUGAAACAAUAAUCGGUAGACUAACUGUACGUGAAAUUUUACGUUUUGCAUUUCGAUUCAAAAAUUCCAAUUGUUCCAAUCACCGUACCAUGGAUGAACAUAUCGAUAUGACAAUAGCUGAAUUAAUGCUUGAUUAUCGUUGUCUUGAACGUCGUUUUGAACAAUGUUCGGGUGGUGAACAAAAACGUAUCGCUGUCGCACAAGAACUGAUGUCUAUUGAUCGUAAACCACAAUUUUUAUUCAUCGAUGAACCAACUACCGGUUUGGAUAGUCAAGCAGCAUUAGAAGUGAUGCGUUGUUUACGACAAUUGACCGCUGUACAUCGUAUAACGGUUCUAGUAUCAAUACAUUUGCCAAAUGAUGAAAUAUUGCGAAUGUUUGAUCAGCUUUAUAUAUUGGCAAAAGGUGGUGUAGCCAUCUAUGCUGGUGCACCGGAAAAUCUUGGUGCAAAUCUACGAUUACAGUUAGGCAUCGAAGUGGAAGGCAGUCGACCACCAGUAGAAGAGUAUUUGAAACUAGCCUGUCAUGGUAUCGAUGAUUCGCGUGUAAGUCGACUGGCUGACCAAACAUUGAUUGAAGAACAUCAAUAUUUGACCACAAAUCAACAGCAGCUUCGAUUUCUAACGAAUGGAUCAGGAAUGCCACGACGAUUGAAAUCAUUUACGAUUCGUGAUUUUUUCCUACAAUUAUAUCGUAUAUUUUACAUUGUAUUUAUUGUCGAUUUUCGUAUACUAGCCUAUCAACUUUUGGUAUAUGCAUGUUUCCUAUUAACAAUUGCAACGGUAUUCGAUCAUCGUAUGAUACGGCCAUCAAUGUGUUAUCCAUUAGAUGAUCAGGAUCGUGAUCAGGAUAAUUCAACAACGGAAACAACAAGCACCGGUGUUGGUGGUACAUGUCAACAACAAUUGGAUGAUGAAGCAUUCACCGAUAGCUAUAUAGCAUAUCAAGCCUUUUGUAAUAUGUUUUUCGGUGUUAUAAUGCUGGGAGUUGGUGCUAUACUUUUCACGCCAAUGUUGAAAAUGUUUCGUCAUGAACAUCGUAAUCGCUGGUAUUCAAUGUCAUCAUUUUAUUGGCCAUUUAUAUUGGUUCGACUAGUCGAAGUGACAAUGUUUUCAUUAAUCAUUACAAUAUUAAUCUAUUUCCCCACGGAACAUCAUCAGAUCGAUGGUUAUCGUAUCAAUUGGUAUCGAUUUUGGCAUUUUGCAUUUUUCAUAUGGCUUUCUUGUGUCUAUAUGCAAACAUUUGGACAGCUAUUAAGUCUUAUAUUUUUGGAUCAAUUGGAAAUAUCUAUCGUUAUGGCUCAAUUAUGGUUCAUACAAUUGAGUCUAGUCAAUGGUUAUCUAAUUAACUUAGCACAUAUGGACAUACCGAUAUUGAUGAUUGUAUCCAACAUACUGGCUACGAAACCUAUAUCGAAUGGAUUAAUGUUUUCAUUUUAUGGUAUUGACCGGUGUGAUUCGGAAACCGAAAUGUCAAUUAUGAUGAUGAAAUUCAAUAUUGAUGAACGACGUGUUUAUACACAGCUUACACAAGUAUUCAUCAAUAUGAUCAUUAUACGUUCAUUAACGUUCGUAUUGAUGUGUUUUCGAUUUAGUUUCGGCAAUAAAAGAUGGCCAAUUAUUGAUUCCACGCGAUCAAUAAAUUAUUCGACGACAAAUAAUAAUAACAAUAACAAUAAUAAAUUGCCAAUGAACAGUGGACUGAGUCAAAACGAACCGAUACCAAUUGAUUAUGGACAAAAUCGUAAUAAAUUCAAUAUCAGUGAUCAGAAAACAAUUAAACUGUCUGAAAUAAGUCGCAUUAAACAUGGCAAAGAAAGACAAUUUGAACAAUUUUCACGAAACAAAAUCAUUGUUGGAUGGCGAUCACUUAAUCUGUUUGCUUCUAGUUCGAUCAAAGAAAUACGUUCAGUACGACAAGAAUCACGGCUGAUUCUACGCAAUUUACAUGGACAAUUUCGUUUCGGUACCAUGAAUGCAUUGAUGGGCACAUCAGGCGCCGGUAAAACAUCAUUACUACGUGUUCUAAAUGGCUGUUGCAAGACAAAAUUAUCGGAAGAAAGUCGUAUAUAUUUGAGCAGAUUCACACCGAUAAGGAUAUGUUUCAUAACACAAGAUGUAUCUGGACAUCUAUUGCCUGGAUUGACAGCCAAACAAAGUUUGGUGUAUGCAUCACGAUUAAAAAACAGCGACGAAGAACGUGAAGGCCAGAUUGUGGAACAUGAAAAAAUAGCCAAAACAUUGUUGGAUGAAUUGGACAUAAGCGAUACGGAAGACACAUUGGUACAGGAUUGUUCAGGUGGUGAACGAAAACGACUGGCAUUAGCACUGGAAUUAACUGCAUUGCGUAUGCCUAAUCUAAUCUGUAUUGAUGAACCAACCAGUGGUUUGGAUUCAAAUUCAGCAUACAUUGUCGUGGCUUGUUUACGUCGCCUGGUACAUCGUCACAAUCUAACCAUUGUUGCUAGCAUACAUCAACCUAAUACCGAAAUAUUAAUGAUGUUUGAUCAAUGUUAUGUUCUAGCACGUGGUGGUGUAUCCAUUUAUUCUGGACCACCGGAUCAAAUUAGUCAACAAUUAAAAAAAGUACCCGAAAUCAAUAUCGAUGUGGAUAAAUCAAAAUUUCCAAUCGAACAAUUAAUCAAAUAUUCAUCAUAUGACCAUAAUGAUUCUAUUGUACAGAAAUUAGUUAAAUUAAAUGAACAACAAAUGAUAUCAAGUAUUGAUAAUUGUGAUCUGGCAGAACAAACCCAAUUGGUCAUUGAUGGUAUUCAAUUGAAUCGGCCACAAUUUUCAUUAAGAUCAGUAUCGAUCUUAUGUCAACGUUAUAUGGUCUACGUGAAAGGAUAUCUGUGGUUGUCGUUAAUGAUUUAUAUUGGUAUCUAUUUAUUCUAUGGAUUGAUACUUCGUGUAUUUUUUAGCAAUAAAAUUGCCUACACAAGUGGCUGCAUCGAUAUGGAAGACGAUUUCAAUUCAACUUGUAAUCGUAACCAAGAACGGAUUGAACGUGAAAUGGAUCUGGCUAGCAAUUAUCGUUAUAAUUUCUAUUUAAAUUCAAUAUUUCUAUUUAUUGUCGUGCUACAAACAUCGUUGAAUUUUUCAAAAGAAUCCAUAUAUUUUUUCAAUGAACAUCGUAAUGGUUGGUAUAGUACCGGAGCCUAUUAUGUCAUGAAGUCUUUAUACGAUAUAACGCCGAUGAUACCUGUGGUAUUCAUCUACAUAUGGAUUGUAAACAUUUAUGAACCAAUACGACCAGGUAUCUAUUGGUGGCUAGUGUUAUUGGUAUUGAUCUCAAUCAUUGCCAUUCAAGGUAUGGGCCAUCUGUUUGCAUUAUUGACCAAUGGCCAAUUCACCAUAUUGACCAUAACGAAUAUUGGAGUUUUCCUCUUUCUGGUAAUAUUAUCAAAUUUUUUCAAUCCAAUUGGCCGUAUGCACUAUGUAUAUCAAUUGAUAUCGAAUCUAUCAAUUUGUCGAUUUCUAAAUGAAGCGACAAUAUUGCUACAAUAUGGUUUUGGUCGUUGUGGCCCAAAAGAGAUACAAGCUACAUUGUAUGUAAUGAUGCUACAACAUGAUGAUCAUUUCUAUCAUUGUCUGCAAAUGUUAUUAUUCAAUCUGUUAUUCUAUCGUGUAUUGUCGUUAGCCGUGUUGAUUGUUAAAUCGAAUCCAAUGGAAAAUCGACGGCAACGUGCCGAAAAGAUUCGAAAAUAUCAGGAACAUAUGAGACCACUGAAUUCAAUCAUACCCGGUCUGACGAUAUCGGAUCAACAAUUUUGUAUUAAAAAAAUUCAAAUUUAAUUCAUCAACAACAACAACAAGUUGAUCAUU